AUGUCGUCCAGAAAAGGAAGCAGGAGACGAUUUAUAACAAGGGGGCAAUCAUACGAUGAUCAAGAAGGAAACAAAAUUGCCGGAGACGACAAAAUGUUCGAACAACAACAACAGCUAACAUGGCAAGAUCAACAAAUGCUUCAACAACCAGCAAAUCUUGAAGUGAAGCAAAAUCUGGUUCACACAGAUGCAAAUGGCAGCGGUGGUAAUGUUUCGCAACAAACCCUACCCGUUCCUCAACAACAAACCAUGCAACAAAUUCCUCAGCAACAAUCACCACAGCUUAGCAUACAACGACAACAUCUACAACAACCGCACUUACAAAGAAAUGUCGUGAGGAGCCCAUCUCUCAACAGCCCUCGCACGAACAGACAUCAGUUUGAUAAAUAUCAAAAUGUGAUGAACCUGCAUGCAGCCUCAUACCAACAUCAGCAGCCCAUGCACCAUCAGCCCUUAGAACAGGCACGAAGAAUAAGUCUUAACGAUAACAAUCAACUUUUUGAAAAUAACGUUUCCAAAUCUCCAAGGGUGAUAAAACGAACUUUGACAACACCAGGCACAACAUCUCAUACCACAGACGCUUCAAAUUCUCCAUCGACUCAACGCAAAAUCAAUUUACUGCAGCAAUCCAACCGACCGCAAUCUAGAGUUUCAACUAGCAGCAGGGCAUCCGUUGAGUCAGAACCGUCCGCCAUCUUCCAGCAACAAAUUAUUUCUUCGCCUCGUUUAAGUAGAAUUCAAAAAUUUUCAACUAACACUACCGACGACUCGCUUUUGCAAAAUAACUCGACGCAUCAUAAAGAAACGUAUUCCCAUCCAACGCCUAAUCCGAACGAAAACAAACAUAUUUCAGAAAAGUUUGAUAAAACAUCAGAUGCUCAAAAAUUAAUACAAAACAACAUUGCCUUUGUACCACAACAACCACAAAUGAAUUAUUUGGGUAGUCAACAAUCACCACGAUACACUCAAUUUCUACCUCAAAACAAGACAGAACAUUUUAUUGAACAACUUGAUAAAGAGCAAAACAAGACAGAACAUUUUAUUGAACAACUUGAUAAAGAGCAGUCAACAUCUUCACACAUCCAGCAAGUUCCAUAUCAGACAUCCUAUCAGCAGGAACUUUUUAGACAUUCGUUUGAUCAGUUUCAACAGCAACAGCAUCAACAACAACAUCAACAACAACCAUUUUAUGAACAACAUCAACAAAACUUGCAGCAACAACAUCGACAACAUCAACAAGACUUAUCAAACACCAUCGACCUUUUAAAACCGAGAUCAACAUCCCUUUGCGACUCAAACAAUUUUUCGGCGUCAACUCCAAACACACAAAACGAAAAUCAAAAUGAUCUCCAAUAUUCGCAAAGGAACGACAAAAACGAACGUUUUGAGAACUACGACAGAGUUUUCAAAUCAAAUGAGAAUGCAAACAAUUAUUUAGAGGGCAGUAAGGACGAGAGUACACAAAAUAAUUUUCGAAAUAUUUCAGAAGACAUCAACGAAGAGUUGAGAUAUAAUCAACAAAUACUUUCAUUCGCAAAUAACAAAAAGGCUGAAAAAGACUUGUUCAACAAUGUUGACGAUGAUGUCAACACAUAUUUCAACAUUUUGAACAACAAUAACAACAACAGCAACAAAGUGAAAUUGAGAUCAAAAGAAGGAAACAAACAUUUUUCUGACGAGAGCAGCAACAGGAGUAGUUUCUACGACAACUUCCCCUACCAACAUCAGUUGAGAAGCCAGGAAAAUAAUUUCGUUGAGAAUAAAAAUAACAUAAGCAAUAUUCAUGUUUUUAAAAGGCCAAAUUUCGGCGUCAUAUCUCAAGUUGUACCGUCACACAUGGUUGGUGUAUAUGACCCUUCAAAAUAUUUAUCUCUGGCUCAGUCUAUGGCAUCUACAAUACCAACAACAGCAGCAACGAACAUUGACCAAAAUUAUCAGAAUUUUCUCGAACCAAACACACAGAAUCAAGAGCCUCAAAAACAACUCGACAACUCCCAAACGAUCAACCUUCAGAAACAUUCUUCUAAUUCGCCAGUUUCUAAAAUGUUCUUUCCGGUAGCAUCGUCGCAACAAAAUCAACAAACAACUGACGACAGACAACUGAACCAGCUCCUGUCCUUAACUUCCGAAGGACCGUGGACAAAAGAAAAGAGCUUGUUUGCCAGAUCUCUGGCAGCUGUAGAAUCCAAACGCAAAGAGCUAUCUUGGGGAAAAUACGAGAGUUAUCAAAAACCAGUAAACAACUCUGGGGAACCAAGUCAAAUAAUGCUCAAUCAACAGGCAAUUAGCAACACAAGCAGAAAUGUUAAAGAAUCGAGAGACAGUACCAGUGACAAUUACGUUAGUGCUAGCGAUAUAAGCCACAUCAAUCAAGCUGGUACGUUGGGCUUCAAGGAAAGCUUUCGUGACGAGAACGAACUGAAUUUUCACACGAAAAAUAAUUCCUCAUUAAGUCGAUCUUAUGACUCGAUAAAUAAAAAUAAUUUAGCAAAGAAUAAAAAUUUUAAACAUAUCAAAAGAAAUGACAACAAAUUUCAAAGUCACGUUGAAGUUGUAGAUGAUGCGAUCACUGCAUAUACUUUUUAUAACAACAGCACAUAUCAACAGCAACAACAACACGAUGUUCCACAAACGUGCGUAUCAAUGAAACAAUUGCAUCUACAAAAUGCCUCCCCACAACCAAACUAUAACGUAGGUGCAGCAGAAUAUAGCGGAAAUUAUAAACCGUCGACAAGCGAUUCAACAACUCACACAACGAAAUUAGUUUUUAAAUCUUCUUCGAUACUAUCACCACAGCCAAUGCGCAGGGCACCGGUUUCCAGUGACACUGCUGCACAACUACAGCAUCAGCAACAAACCAGCCUGCCCUUCCCAACAACUACUAGUAUUCCAUUAUCAAGUGGUGAAGCCAAACGCAAGUUCAUCACCAGCAUGACGAUUCCUGAGAAUGAAAUAUUCCUUUCUCAACAGGUUGGCACCGCAGCAAAAACCUACAAUAAUUCCAACAGGAGAAGAAACCAUAAAAACAAUUUGGAAACCAAAUUUUCAUCAGGAUCCUUAUCAUCAUCAUCAUUGUCAUCUUCAUCGCAAAACAAACCUCUAAUUUCAGAAACAUUCGAUCUUAAAGGAACUCGUGCGAAUGAAAACUCAUCUGAGCAUGUGCAAAAAUGUAUGCAACACGUUCAGCGUUCUAAUAAGCAACACGAGUUAAUGGAUGAACAAGCACCUAAGGAACAAAAACCCCAAGAAACUUUUAUUAGAGAAGAAGAAACCACAACACUCUUUACGAUACCACAACUCGAUGACCUCACAUCAGUAAACAACCAGCUUUCGAUUGUUCAAAUAAAUAACUUUGCAUCUUCACAGCCACUAAUUUCUCCAACGUCUCCCCAACCAUCAAUGUUUCCUCCUCCAACUACCACACCACAACCAACUCAACAAACAAUAAAUUCAAUCAGCCAAACGUUCCAUCGCGAUGAAGAAGAGUCAAGCUUGGAUAGCAGCAGCAGCGUAGAUGACAGCUGCUCCUUGGAUGACUUAAUAACAGCCCCACCUCCUGAACAACAGCCUACGAACGCAUCGCACCAAGCAACUUCUUUUCUGCCCCAAAAGCAAAGUCAACCCGUAAAACAGCAAACUCCAGUCCCAUUAUCAAAGUUGAAAAUAACAUCUCCGGAACAAUCUUGUAAUUUAAAUCGAGACCCGCAAGUGACGAUAACAACGGCAAAACGCCCACCACCGCUGGUCAAGCAGGACAGUUUCAAUUCACCAGAUUCGCCCCCUUUUCACCAGCCACUACCCCUCCCAACAGAUUCAGUCAUCCUGCACCAUAGAAGACACAACCUCAUGCAAUGCUCAUCCUUUCAAAGCACGUCGACAUCCAGCGGGGAGGCAAGUGAUCAGGAACAAAUAAUGAGCAUCGCAGUCGCCGAGAGGAAUCGAAAGUGCAGUAGGAAAAACAAAACAAGAACUCUCGUCUGAUCCAGCAGGCUGCUCUCGCAUCAUUUCAAACACUGCGUCUCUAGAUCAGCUUAUAGGAAUGACAUAUUUGAUAUAAUGCUGAAUGAAGGUCCAUGAUUAAUCAUAAUUAAACUAACAGGUAACAACACGUUCAUUAAGUAACUCUACUCUGCUGUAGGAUGUUUCAUUAAUGGUUUAUAAAUAUAAUAAUAUAAUAUAUAUUCGUAUAAAUCAUUUAUUUAUUGAUUUAUUUUCAAAGAAAUACAAUAAAUUUCGAACGAAAAUAAAA